AAUAACAACAGGUCUCCAUGGUUUACUACAUCUAUAUUAAGCAGCUCAGGAUUGUUAUUUAAUAAUAAUUUACUUACAGAGUUAACUUUUAGCAAUGAGGAACUAUUGUAUUUUUAAGUAAUGUAAACUCUGACGACGUUUCCUACAAUAAAGAAAGUGACUUCACAGCAGGCAAAGUCCACUUUCUUAAAGACAACAAGCUGGGAGCCACCAACUUGACCGAUCUCUAGCUUUUAAAGCACUUUUAUUAACGUUUUUUUGUUUUUGUUUAAAGUGGAUCUUAUCCUUAACUGGACACAGCUGUGGACACAAAGCGAUCACCAUGUUCCCUUUAGACUCGCCGUGGAACAUCUCCUUUGCAGGUUGCGGCUUCCUCGGUAUCUACCACGUUGGUGUGGCCAGUUGUCUGCUGGAGCAGGCUCCUUUUCUGGUACAAAACGCCAAACACAUAUAUGGGGCAUCAGCUGGCGCACUCACCGCCACUGCUUUGGUCACAGGAGUAUGUCUUGGAGAUGCUGGUGCAAGUAUCAUUGAGGUAGCCAAAGAGGCAAGGAAGCGGUUCCUUGGACCCAUGCAUCCUUCUUUUAACCUGGUGAAGAUUGUGCGUCACAUGAUGAGGCGCACUCUGCCAGACAACUGUCACCAUCAAGCCAAUGGACGGCUGGGAAUCUCUCUCACCCGGGUUUCAGAUGGAGAAAAUGUCCUGGUGUCUCAAUUCAACAGCAAGGAGGAGGUGAUACAGGCCUGUGUCUGCAGUGCCUACAUCCCAGUCUACUGUGGCUUCAUUCCUCCCACACUUCAAGGAGUACGAUAUGUUGAUGGAGGAAUUUCAGACAACCUGCCUCAAUAUGAACUGAAAAACACCAUCACAGUGUCCCCGUUCUCUGGAGAGAGCGACAUCUGCCCCAGAGACACCUCCACCAACAUCCAUGAAGUGCGCUUCACCAACACAAGCAUCCAGUUCACCCUCACCAACCUCUACAGAGUUUCCAGGGCACUCUUCCCUCCCGACCCAAUGGUUAUGAAAGCCAUGUGUAAACAGGGAUAUAAAGACGCUCUGCACUUUCUAGAGAGAAAUGGAUUGCUUAAUUUCAAUGGUCCUCAAAGAGACAUGCUAGCCAGUGGGGAAGUAAAUGAGGAUUGUGAUGAAGAGGAGGAGGAUGAUAAAAAGGAAGCCGAAGACAAGUCACACAUGGAAGAGAAAGCAGCGGGUGUUCAUGCUAGCUCCUCAUUAGAUGAGCAUAUUAUUGAGUGUCUUCCACCCACCCUGCACAAAGCCCUAGUUGAGGCCUGCAUGGAAAGGAGGAGCCUGGUUCAGUCGCUAGGCAACUUGCUCCCCGUCAGGAUGGCCUCAGCCAUGAUGCUGCCCUACACGCUCCCUCUGGAGUCUGCUUUGUCCUUGACUCUCAGACUCCUGGAGUGGCUGCCAGAUGUGCAGGAAGACGUGGGAUGGAUUAGAGAGCAGAUUUUUAAGAUUCUACAGCGUAUUCUUCGCCAGGCCUCCAGAAGCUUUUCCCAACAUGUAUCAGCCAGAUUGUUCUGCCAGCUGGAGCUGCACAACUACCAGUACCUCCCAUCCAGGUCCAGCUCCACCAGCCUGUUUCCCACCUGGGUGAAUGAGAGCAGCCCUUCAGUCCAGGAUGUGUUUGUGCGUCUCGAUCACUACAAGAAGCAGCUGUUGUCUGGAGUUCUCUGUAUCAACAUGGAUCUACGGGGCUCCUUCAAAACUGGAGGGAUGUCACCUGAUAAGAGUCAUCCAUCCAGCCUCUCCCAACAAGACUUCACUCUGCACAGAGGUUUUCUUGACAGUGGACGGGAUGGCAAUGCAAAUAAAACAUUAAGCAGAUCAAAGAGUUUUUGGUAGAAGUGUGGUUACUCUAAAUGCAGAAAUAUUUAGCAAGAACUUAAAUCAGAUUUUAGUGUCUGAUUUUUCCUUCACACUGAGAUAUUUUUAAGCUGCAGAGAACAUUUUUUUGUAAUCUAACCAUCCUCUCUGUCCAGUGUUUAAAAACAAGGAUCAUUUACUAUAUUCUCACUUACUGGAUGAUAAAUAAUUGCCUGACCUUGAAAUAACUCUUUGGCUACACCACAGUCAGGCAGCGUUCAGUAAGUCUACAGAUGGACAUGUAAACUUUACAUGUGUAGUCAGUCAUGCACAAACUUGAAUUACAGGAUGUUAGAAAGAAAAAACAGACUCGAAGUAGCACAUUAGAUAAAGCGAGUGUUUAUGCUUAAGUGGAAUGUAGUCAGACCGGGGGUGUAGCAGCGAUGUCCUGCUUUAAGUUACUUUUGGCACACAGGAAGCACAGGACAAGACAAAAAACAGGGGAGGUGGUUUGCUGCAAGUAGUUACUCCAUUUACAUGAUGCAAGUGUCAAUGCACUAGUGUAGAAUAAAAACUCACUGUAUGUUUGUUUUAACAUAUGUAUUAAUGCACAUCUUAAUAAUUUAUGUGUCAAAAGCCAAAUGCUUAUUCCAGUCACACAAUGUCACCAUCUUGAUUUUCAAGUUUCAGCUUAUUUUGAAUUCAUUUUUCAACUAUGUUGUUUUGAAUUGCUGCUUCAAAUCACGUUUUGAAUGUUUGAUGUUAAAAUUACAUUUUUAAUGGAUUUGAUUUUUGAUUAAUCGUAAAAUCAUUGUUGAUUGAAUUGCAUUUUUUCUACAUGUGAUAACUUACCUGCUGAAAUUCUUCUCGUUAAGUGUUUUUCUUGCAUUUUCAUUGUGUGAUUAAGUCACGUCUUGUCACUUAAAAUUCAAUGCCGUAUUAACAAAGUCAAUAAUGUGUUUAAGAUGUCACUAGUUGGCAUUUUAUUUAUGUGAUCAUGAUAUAAACUGGGAUUCGAUCUUUCAAGAACUGCUUUGUCAGCUGCAAAUGUAAAUGUACCGUAGCAGUGAAAUUACAUUACGACUGUACUGUUUUUGUGUACGAUAAAAUAUAUAAUAAAACAAGAUAAAUUAUUUAAAA